ACGUGCGCCGAGCAAACCAACCUUACCAACCCGCCAACCGUCAGUGGUGCGCGCGGAUCGGUUGCGCGCGGUGGUGACACGUGGUAAUUGACAAAGUGUAGUUUGAUCGUGAGCAUUACGUGCGGGUGAACGAGACAGAUAUGGCAAGCCACGAUGUCGGCAUCGGCGACUUCGUGUUGCUGGACGAAAUCACGGUCGAGCGCGUGGUGGACAACCUUAGGACAAGAUUUAAUGGGGGAAAAGUUUACACUUAUAUUGGUGAAGUUUGUGUGAGCGUUAAUCCUUACAAAAGCACCAAUAUUUAUGAUGUGGAUCAGAUUAAUAAGUACAAAGGGAGAGAACUGUUCGAGAACCCUCCGCACAUUUUCGCGAUCGCGGAUGCGGUGCAUAAAGAGAUGAAGCAACAGGGCAGAGACACCUGCAUAGUCAUAAGUGGCGAGUCGGGUUCUGGUAAAACAGAAGCUAGCAAAAUUAUCAUGAAGUACAUCGCCGCUGUAACCAACCUUAGCGGUCAGCAGGAGAUUGAGAGAGUGAAAAACAUUCUCAUCCAAUCGAACUCGAUAUUGGAGGCAUUCGGCAAUGCCAAAACAAAUAGAAAUGACAAUUCAUCACGUUUCGGAAAGUACAUGGACAUCAAUUUUGAUUUCAAGGGAGAUCCCAUCGGCGGCCACGUGACUAAUUAUCUCCUCGAGAAAUCGCGGGUGGUCUAUCAGCAAAAAGGAGAACGCAAUUUUCACUGCUUUUAUCAGUUAUUGAACGGCUGCAGCGAGGCUGAAUUGAAUAAGCUACGUUUAGUCCGCGAUCCGGCGGCUUAUUAUUUCAUCGAUAAUGGAAAAAAUAAUAAGACGACCUUCUCUGAUAGAAAUGAUUACAAAACUGUUUGUAGUGCCAUGUUUACUCUUGGAUUCUCUGCGAAUGAGACGCAUACCAUAUGGAAUGUUAUCGCUGGUAUCUUACAUCUGGGUAACAUCACUUUCAGGCUGGAUGAUGACAAACUUAUAAUCGGGAAUAAUAGUGCUUUGAACGACACCGCUAACUUGUUCUCCAUCAACUCAAAAGAUUUGAGCACUGCUCUCUCGCAAAGAGUCAUAGCAGCGGGUGGAGAAGUCAUGCAAAAGACUCACACUUUGAUCGAAGCUGAAUACGGUCGAGAUGCAUUAGCGAAAGCUAUAUAUGAGCGAUUGUUCACGUGGAUAGUAUCGCUCGUCAAUGGAUCCAUCAACGUAAAUAACAGCGAUGACAUGAGGAGAUACGGAACACUGAUCGGUGUGCUUGAUAUUUACGGUUUUGAAAUCUUCGAUGUAAACAAUUUUGAGCAGUUUUGUAUCAAUUAUUGUAACGAAAAGCUACAACAGCUUUUUAUCGAGUUGGUUCUCAAACAAGAGCAAGAAGAAUACCAUAAGGAAGGGAUAGAAUGGCAAAACAUUGAAUAUUUCAAUAAUCAAAUCAUUUGCGAUUUAGUCGAGCAAGCUCACAAGGGAAUGAUAGCGAUCAUGGAUGAAGCUUGCCUCAAUGUCGGGAAGGUCACCGAUGAGAUGCUUCUCGAUGCAAUGGAUAAGAAAUUAGUGGACCAUAAACAUUAUAGUUCUCGACGAUUAAAACCGAUGGAUAAAGAAUUGGAACAUAGGACACAAUUUAAAAUCAAACAUUAUGCUGGCGAUGUGAUUUAUAAUAUUAAUGGUUUCCUUGACAAGAACAAAGAUACGCUCUUCAAAGAUUUUAAACGUCUGUUAUAUCCAAACGUAAUUAGCAAAAUGUGGCCUGAAGGUGCUCAGAAUAUUUUAAAGACGACAAAGAGACCUUUAACUGCUGGUACGUUGUUCCGAAAUUCUAUGAUCGCACUAGUGAAGAAUCUAGCAAGUAAAGAACCGUUUUAUGUCAGAUGCAUAAAACCUAACGAAGUAAAGUCUCCAGUCGUGUUCGAUGAUGAGAGAGUAAAUCAUCAAGUGAGAUACUUGGGACUUGUGGAGAACAUAUUGGUGAGACGAGCUGGUUUUGUUUACAGACAACGAUACGACAGAUUUCUAAAAAGGUAUAAGAUGAUAUCGCAGUAUACAUGGCCAAACUUCCGAGGCGAACGUGAUAUGGAUGGCGUACGCACAUUGAUGAAUGAGAAACACUUCUCGGACGACGUUAAAUACGGUCAUACGAAGAUAUUUAUUCGCUCGCCACAGACUUUAUUUGCAUUAGAAAAGAUGCGCAACGAUUUGAUACCAGGCGUCGUGAUUCUUCUACAAAAGCAAUGGCGAGGAUAUAUCUGCCGUCAGAAAUACAAGAAGAUGAGGGCCGCGUUGAUACUGAUGGAGCAUUACAAAAGAUACAAACGACGUAUUUAUAUCAAGCAACUCGAGAGAACAUUCAGAAACGCUAAAAAUCUUCGAAGUUAUGGCAAGACUUUACCGUGGCCACGCGAAAAUUUCGCUGUGAGACACGUGGUAUCCGCUUUGAGGAAUAUAUACGCGAGAUGGUGGGCGUGGAUGAUACUUAGAGCAAUUCCUCGGGAAGAUUGGCCGCAACUUCGAUUGAAAAUGGCAGCGAGCGCUGUGUUGCGCUCGAAGCGAUCUUACUGGGGCCAGGAUCGUCGCUGGGAUGGAAACUAUCUGUGCAAACCGGACGAGAAUUCUCAAAGUGAUGUUUUCAACUCAUCGAUAAACAAUCUACGAAACACUGAUCAUUUCAAAACCGUUCUAUUCAGCGCAUUUAUUAGAAAGACUAACAGGUACAACAAGCCAGCGGAUCGUGUUUUAGUAGUGACGGAACAUAUCGUAUAUAAGCUUGAUGGCGUCAAGUUUAAGAAUAUGAGAAAAGGCAUGCCGAUAGCGGAGAUCACCGGUCUAAGUGUUUCGCCUGGAAAGGAUCAACUUAUCACGAUUCACUCGAAUCGCGGAAAUGAUUUCAUUCUAUCGAUCAUCGCCAAAGACGAUAGGGUCGGAGAACUAGUCGGCAUACUGAGCAACCGAUACUAUCAACUGCGUGGCGCCGACCUGCACGUCACAGUGGACAUAAAGUUCAAGUGCAUGCUAGGUAACAAGAGUAAAUUAUUAUAUAUUGAGGUGAUGCCUGAUGUCAUCGAGCCUACAUUCAAGAAGGAUGGUAAUCAAAUCAUUUAUGCCAUUCCACCAUCGGUGGGUAUCAUCGAUGGUGGUAUUAAUAAAAGACAAUAGAUCCAUAUUGAUUAGUUAUAAAGUCUGACGGCUUACUUGAGACUGUAUCAUAACAAAAUAUAUUGAAUAUAUUUUUUGAUAAUAUACUGUUGUGUGAAACAGUAUAUUAUUAAAUGUGUGCCGUUGUGCAAUUAUUUUACGGAAAGCUGGUUAGCGAUUUCGUAAAAUAAUAUCCAGUAUUCGCAUUUGAGUCUUUCCCGGUUGAAUCGAUCGUUUUGCAUAUAUUUUUCACGCAGUAUUAAUCAUGUUGUGACGAAUGUCAAUGCAAUUUUAUUAUGACAUGUAUGACGAAAGUAACUAUAUACUGUUACAUAAUCAAAGUAAAUGUGAUGUCCGAGUUCUGGUUAAUUAUAAUAUACAUAUUAUAUUAUUAUAGGCAUUGACAUAUAUUAUUGCAGCCGAAAAUUCAAGUGCAGGUCGCGAAAAUAAUUUUGAUAAGAACAUUAAUAAGAAUUAUCACUUAAAAAAUUUACUAAUUUUUUUUUUCAACAAUAUGAUGUCAUACAGCAUUAUAACUUCUGACUUUUUAUUAUAACUUUAAAAGUUAUCUCUUUGUCUUAUGUUUUAAUGGUUUCAACGAAGAAACAUUUUUUAAUAUUUUUUGAAGAAUAAACGCUAAAAGUUUGAAAUGUUGUCAAUUGUAGUACCUGCAUAAUAGAUAUACUUGUCAAGAAUAUGUAUAAAAAAAAAAGAGAUUGCAGUACAAGUUAAUUACAUAUGCAUACAUAAUGUAUACAAGUCACUUGCAUGGUAUUAAAGUGUACGAGAAAUUUGGCUUUCCGUAUGCGAUAUAUUCCAUCGGGUAUUGCGCACAUAACGCAUUUCUCUGUAAAUACUCUAUAAUGUAUUAUAAAUAUUGUUAGCUUAUAUAUAAUGUGCGUUGUAAGAGAGAUCACAGAUUUGUAUGCGUCUGUGUAAGAGAGGACGAGAUGUGAAAUCCACAAAUUUUAUCGGAAUACAACAGUGAACAGCGGCAGAUUAUGUGAGAUAACUUAUGACAUCUAAUUUAUAUGAGAUAACUAAAAUGCUACUGUCAUAUAAUGGUAUUAUACAGAAUGUUUCUCAUUAACCGCAAUUGUACUGUAAGCUUGUGGCCUUCUAUACUUAUUACAGAUUGAAAUAUUUUUUAAAGACUUUUACAUGAACUCAUAGAUAUGCAAACAGCAGUACGACAAAGCAAAUAUAUAUAUAUAUUUAUAUAACUACAAAAACAAUGCGACAAAAUAUAUAUGCACCCAUAGUGCCUGCUAACUUGACACAAAAUGGAACGAAAAUUAAUUGCGUCCUUUUCGAAGAGAAGUUUUGAAUCUUUCGUGUACUUAGAUUUAGAGAGAUUUACUGUGUAUAGAAAAUAUAUAUGAUCAAGCUUAAUCAAAAUACAUAUAUAUUAUUUUACGAUUAUUUCGAUGUUACUUCAAUUAACAUGUUGAGGAACUUGUUAUACAUUGCCAUAGAGUCCAUUAAUCCGGUACUUAUGCAUUUAUGAAAUAUUCAUUAAAAACAAGAUAGUUUGCUUUUUUUUUAAUUCAUGUAUAUUCGUAGAACAGAGUUUACUUUAUUUUCAUCGGCGAUUGUAAUCGUAAAGCGCUUUAAAACACAUUGAGGAAUGUGCCAUUGUUAGAAAAUAAAGUGGAAUUUUCAUCUUG